GUGUUUCCGGUGCGGACAUAACCCGGAAGUGAUACCGGCUCGCUGUCUGUCCCUCUCGUCCUUGCGCUGUAGUAAAGAUACCCCAGCAUGUUACUCACACGCAUAAACUUUGCUGCCGGCAAAUCAAAAGUGUACCUGGUGCAGAUGUUGAGCGCCGCGGGAACCGGAUAUCGCUUUAACACCAGGCGGAACAAGCUGAAAGACAAGCUUAUCCUGAGGAAGUACGAUCCGAUCGUAAAACAACAUGUUCUGUUCUUUGAAAAGAAGAAAAUCCGAAGCAUCUGAUGAUCUGUUCCUAAAUGGAAUAGAGAGAGGACUCCUGGAGGGGAAAGGGGGGUUGGGAUGCUGCUGCGGACAUCCUGUGCCACGUGCGAGGACGGAGAAGUGGAACACAGAUGUCAGACUGCCAGUAAUUACAGAGACAAUGCCGAGGGCAUGUGGCCAAAACAUCUCAGCUGGGACCACGGCUGCUCUGCUAAAGUCUCCUAUUUUCACUGCUACUUCCCAUUCACUAAACAAGUGAUAGUUUCGGAGAACUCUCUGCCCCCCCAAAGAGUAAAUUCUUCCAUAAGAUCUUUAUUUUGUCUGCGAUAUAUUAUCAUUAAUAAAAAUAAAUGUCUUCAGUGUUUGUACAA